GUCUUUCUGGUUUUUCAUUGUGUUCGUUUUUUUUAACGACGGACUUGUAUUGUUUUACGUGAGGUUGGCUAGCGGUAACAUUAGCUACGCUAGUUGACAGGUUAAAGUAACCUCUUGGUUGCUGACGCUGGUUUGUUUUAUUUUGUUUAUCGCGCAGAAUGACACACGGUAGUCUUGCUCGAGAUUUGAAACUAUGGGCGACAAAAGAAUUCAACCUGUGCCCGGAAAGCCUGCCAAGUGACAGCUACUUUAAAACGCUGUGUGUUGGGACAGGGCAGUCUAUAUGGAAGUAUGUCAUCCAGCACGUUUAUCAGCAGAGAAAUGUCAGGAUGAUGCGUGGAAAUCUUCAAUGGUACAACGCACUUCACGAUAAAGAGUUAAAGCAGGCUGAGGGCCAGAGUGAUGCUGCAAAGCAAAAUGAGCUUCAGAGGAAGAUCCAACAGCUGAAAGCUGAUAUCAGUCACCUGGACUCUCAGAUCAGUGGUACUGAGGAACAGCUGGCCUCACAGGAGCAGUCCAUCAGCCGUACAUGGGCCCGAGUGGAGGACAGCCAACGCAGGGAACUGUUCCUGCUGGCCUUCAAACAACGCUGUAUUCACAGCCGCAAGAUGCUGUUUGAUGACACACAAAAGAUAAGCAAACACUGCCAGGCAUUGGACCUAAUGGCCAGAAAGGCAGAGGCCAAAGUGUUGUUUGAUUUUAAAUCUUCCACCAACAAUGACAGUGAUGGUCUUAAUUCCAAAGUUUCAGCAGAGGCACAGGUCCUGCGUGAAGUGAGAUUGCUGUGUGAUGACAGGGUCCACUUCUUUCAGUCUUUACAAGAGAGUGAACUGAAAACUACACAGUCUUCAACAGCACAGCGAGGGCUACACAUGACACGUGAAGAGAGGGCGACAGUGUUCCAGUACUGGUUGAGUAAUGUGGAGAAUCUGCUGAGUGCCUAUCCUCCACACCACGUCCUGUCUGCAGUGCAGUAUUUAGCUUCCACAGAACAGAGGGAACUAGAAGAGAAGCUAACGUUUCUGGAUGUUACACGGGAUGUGACAGCUCUACAUUCAUACUAUGAAAGUGAUCACCUCUUGGACAUGUCCGCAGAUGGUGAAAAUGAGUUGCCACCUAUCGUGGCCCUAUUACAGGCUGCAUGGGAGGAAGUGGAGCAGAGUCUGGUGGAGUUGGCCCAGACUCGGUCCAGGGUCCAGCAGCUUCGGAGUCAGUUGGAGGCUCAAAAAAGGGAGGCUGAGAAGCAAAUAUCUGAUUUUGCAAAUGAUCUCCAUUCUGAUACCUUAGCAGUGUCAACUGUGCAGCUGGAACUCCAGUGUGUGAUGCAGGUGGCAGCCAAGGAUAACAUCAGAGAGUGGUUAGUCCAACUCGAGCAACAUGCCAGCCAACAUGAAGCCCUCAGAAACCUCUACAGCCAGUGGCAGAACAUUCUGGACUUCAGACAGCUUGUGAUUCUUAGGCAGGAUCAGAUCAGUGGUCUAAUUAAAGGGAACUCCACUGCUAAGAAGGACUUGAUUCAUCUUCACAGAGAGUUACAGGACUUUGUUGAGAGCAGGCUGGUACCACAGUUUGACAACAUCUGCAAUGCAGCCAACAAUCUAAGGAACCAUAUUUCACAGGAGGCCAAGCAGUUUGGAACUGUUUCACUUCUUGCAUUGGAUUGUAGAACCAUUGAUGGAUCGCAGAGACUCCCUGCAUCCUGGUUGUCCAUCCAUCGAUUGCAGUCUCCGACAUUUAGCCGCUUGUGUCAGAGCUUGGCAUUCCCACUGUACAGGGCACCAGAGGAAUUGUGUUCUCAAGUGCGCUCCCAACAGCUUGAGUUGCGGUUUUUCCAUCAGUUACUGCAGCUGCACUCUGCCAGUCUACAGACAGUUCAGCAGAAAACUGAAUCUCUGCAUGUAUAUGACCAGAAAGCCUUGCUGCUUAAAGUCCAUGAGGAGGACCAGAAGCUUCUGAAAUCUCUGGUACCAAGAGUCAGAGGUCUCACCCAACGUUGCGCAGAGGGUCUUUCUUAUGGGGACCAAGUCAAAACAACCAUCUCUUACUGGUGGGAUCAACCAGCACAGCAUGUCCUACCUGAAGUCAACAGAGGAGGAUUGACAUUUCAGCAGUGGAUGCAAAGGUGGAAAAUAGCUGCCAAUGGUUCUUAGAGGACAUCGCAAAAUAUUCAGACUCCGUCCUUUAGAAGCACUUAUUAGCACCAACAAAUCUGUGUUUCAUAUGACGAGAAUGAGUCCUCCAUAUCUACAUGGGAGCAGACCCCAUCAUGAGGGUCACCAUGUUUCAGGGCCUUGUAGCUCAAAAGGGACAUACUUUUUCUGCCUUUGGCAUUUUGCAGCAUAAUGCAGACUGACAAGUUUGAGAACCCUUGUUUUUGUGAACAAGAGGAUGAUACAUAAUUUUAGUCCAACCAGAAUGCAAGGGAGGAUUCAUUGCCAUUACAAAAAAAAAA